CAUCGGACGCAACUGAUCUUGCCUUGAAACUCUUUAAAAUCCAUCGAAACUCGCAUUAAAAUUCAUUGCCUCGAUAGUUUUUUGGAGUGUAUAAAAUUCUAAAACAAUGGACGCUGACGGCCGAAAGCUUUUACGCUUUUACCAAGAAAGCUUGCGUACCAUGACAGAAGCUCAAUUAUUGAACGAACAAAGGACCCUUAUACAAGAAGAAAGUAGUGUCUAUGGUUGGUUUGAAGAGUGUAGAAAAUGGAAGGACACGGAAAAUUUAAGGAUCUCGGAGAAGAGAAGCAUGGUGGAGGAUGGACUCAAGAACGUUCGAAAUUAUGGUGUCGCCGCACAUAAUCCUGCACCUUCCCAGGCUUCAUUUUCAGUUGGGAAAGGUGGUAAAUUCAGAAGUUGCUCUGGUCCCUCAAAGAGCGGGAGAGGAUCCUUAUCUCGACAGGAAUUUGAUGUCCUCAGUCCCCUCAUGGGUUCCUCGGCGAGUGAUGGUUCCAGGCCACCUCCUCCUCCGUUUCAUGGGGGCGUUAUGUAUGCUGGAGGACCCAGCCACGCGUCCUAUCAUCCAACGUCCAGCUCGGGACGGAUUGGAGGAGGACAUUUUGGUGCAGAAUCCAAUGGACAGAUCCCUAGCGUUGGUGGGUACGGUUUUCUUGGGGGCAAUGCUCCAGUUUACACUCCUGGACAGGGAUUGCAGGGGGCACAACCGAACCGGGGUCCAUCUGACUUGUACAAUAAUUUGCCGUGGCUCAACUCUCCAGAGAUAAAAAACACAGGAAGUCAGAAUGAUAACCGAUCUACUACAAUCUUCAUCAGUCCUCCAAGCUUGGUGACACCGCAACUUCGAGAUACUGAUGACGUUACCCUACCACCACCUUACUCCCCCAUUCUACCAGACAUUAAGAGAGAUAACGACAACGCAUAACAUUCACAACUGGAAUGUUUAUCGGUCCAAUCGAUUGUGGGGACACGCAUUCACUCAUUCCUGCUCAAAAAGACUUUUUUAUUCAAAGUUGAGUCAUCCCGAUUUCUAACUGAACUCACAAUGGAGGUCUCCCAACGUAUGCUCACAGAUUUGGACCAAAGUAGCGUCAAUCGAUCACAAAUAAAAUUAGUAUGAAAUUUUGCAAAUGGCACUAUCUGCCAAUAUUCAUGUUUAGCGGAGAUAUUUGCAUCAAAAGAAGAGAAAAUGCACUCCCAAGGCUGGAAAAUUCUUCAUUUUCCAAAUUUGCCACUUUUUCUAUUUCUUUUUACAUUUUCCCACUUUUUAUGCAAAUAUCUCCGCUAAACCU